CGAAUUCGUCGCGCGCGGUUACUAAACGGGCGACGCGCUGAAAGACCAGCAGCCAGAACAGACUUCGUUAUCCAUGUCCAUGUCCACUACAUCGUAACUCUGUGUGUGUGUCACUGCUUGCUUGUGUACUCCUCCAAUCGACAGUGAACUGUUUUUAAAAAAUAAGAGAAAAUACAAAAAGCAAACUGUAAAUUUGUCUGCGCUGCGCUGUGUGCCUUUUCGUAUAUUUUAAUAAAAUUACGUGCACUUUCUUUUCACCGCGUGCUGGACUACAUACCCAGCCUCCAGGAAGGACGAGUCAAGUUCAAAGUUUCUGCUGGAAGCUGCUGACGACCAUCAGCGGGAGCUCGUGUUUGUUUUUGUUUUCUUCUUUCGGAUCAGGAAAAUCUACUUGGCAACAUGGUACACACGUCCACCGAGAAUCGGUCGAACACUUUUCCGCAAUAUGUUGCUGCUUUGGCAGCAGCUGGCGGUGCUUUUGCAGCCGGUACCCUGCUCGGCUGGACUUCACCGGCGGAGACGGAUAUCGUUAAUGAAGGCAAUGCGUAUGGCUUUCAUGUGAGCAGCGAGCAGUACUCCUGGGUCAGUUCGUUUAUGACCCUGGGUGCUGCCUGUGUGUGCAUUCCGAUUGGCUUUCUCAUCAAUUUCAUUGGACGCAAAUGGACCAUGCUGCUACUGGUCGCACCCUUCGUAUUGGGCUGGGCCCUGCUGAUCUGGGCACAGAACGUGAUCAUGAUGUACAUUGCACGCUUCAUUCUGGGUAUUGCUGGCGGUGCCUUCUGCGUAACUGCGCCCAUGUACACUGGUGAAAUUGCCCAAAAGGAUAUUCGCGGCACACUUGGCAGCUUCUUUCAACUGAUGAUCACCAUUGGUAUAUUGUUCGUGUAUGGAAUUGGUGCGGGUCUCAAGGUCUUCUGGAUGAGCAUUGUGUGUGGCAUUUUACCCAUUAUCUUUGGCGUCAUAUUCUUCUUCAUGCCGGAAUCUCCCACAUAUUUGGUUUCAAAGAAUCGCUCAGAGUCCGCCGUGAAAUCUAUUCAAUGGCUGCGUGGUACGGAAUACGAUUAUAGACCAGAAUUGGAGGAACUGCAUCAAACCGAUCAAGAGAUCCGUAAGAACAAAGUGAAUGUUUUGGCAGCCUUGGCCCGUCCCGUUACCAUCAAGGCAUUGUGCAUUAGCUUGGGCCUGAUGUUCUUCCAGCAGCUGAGCGGUAUUAACGCUGUCAUUUUCUACUCGGAAGCCAUCUUUGAGGAUGCCAAUACUGGAAUAAGCUCCAGCAUGUCUACGAUUCUGAUUGGUGUGAUGCAGGUCGUCGCCACCUUUGUAUCCACAAUGGUGGUGGAUAAGUUGGGACGCCGCAUUCUGUUGCUCGCCUCGGGAGCUGUCAUGGCGCUGUCAACCACCGCAAUUGGCGUGUACUUCUUUAUGAAAGAUCGGAAUGCGGACAGUGUGGAAAAUUUGGGCUGGCUGCCGGUGGCAAGUUUGUGCAUUUUCAUGAUCAUGUUCUCGAUUGGCUAUGGCCCGGUGCCAUGGCUGAUGAUGGGCGAGCUCUUUGCCACCGACAUCAAGGGCUUUGCCGGCUCUAUUGCGGGCACCAUCAACUGGGUGCUCGCCUUCAUAGUGACGAAAACGUUUAAGAAUCUUAAUGAAUCGCUGGGCAGUGGCGGCACGUUCUGGUUGUUCGCUGGCGUUACUCUUGUUGGCGUAGUCUUCGUCUUCUUAGCUGUGCCCGAGACGAAGGGCAAGAGUCUGAACGAGAUUCAAAUGGAAUUGGGUGGCAAACGAAAUGCAUCCACAAUGCAGCCAGCGAAUGGUGAACCCAAGUAAACCAACUUCACUGUUAAAUUUAACGAUUUUUUUAUUUUAUUUAAGUGUAACUGUAUGUUAAGUGAAAAGUCAAGUUCCGUUUUGCAAUUGAUGAAUUUGUUAAAAAUUUAAUGUGUAAAAUCAGUUACAUUGGCACAGCUAAACGAUAUAAAGACAGAAAGACCGUAACGAAGGAAGAGUACUAAGAAUGAAGACUGAAGGUCAAGUGCAUAAUAGGCAGAUAUAUUAGGGCUCUCUUGAAUUCAACCACUCCAGGCUCAGCCUCAGGCCAUACUAUCGCAUCUAUCGCAAUUUAUGUUAACUGCUACCUUCGAGUGGUCCAUAGAAAAGACAAUAGAUAUCAACAGUAACUAUAAUUAAUAGGCGAAAGCACAAGGUAUUACACAAUGAAAAUAACUCAU